AUGUCCAGCACCAACAACAACCAGACCACUGAGUCGCAAAACCAGGAGCCCGGCCUCGUUGCAGGACACGCCGAGUACAUCAAGGGUGUAGCAGAGAGCGCCAUCGGUAGCGUAACGGGCUCACAGGCAUGGACGGCAUCUGGGGAACAAGACAAGGCACACGCCGUACACACGAUGAAGGUGGCCAGUGAGAAGAGGGAUGCUAGUGCCCAGGGCUACGGCAAGGUCGAGGAGCUGGCGGGCAAGGCUGUUGGGUGUGAGGGGAUGCAACAGGAGGGAACAGCAAGUGCGAAGAAGGAGUAG